UAUGUUUAUUAAAAAAUCUUAAAAGUAAAUGUAAAUUUCAUUCCUCCAUGAGGUGUUUUUUCACAUCAUAUUCUAAUCAUUUUAUGUUUCAGAAAUGCAUUUUUAGCCAAUCUAGGACAUUCAGUUUUAAAAAUUUUCUGGGCCUCCCUAGAGGGGCCUAAACAUUGUUGUGUGUGACUAUGACCAGUGGCAAAGCCAAAGAUUCCGCUUGUCCUGUCGGACCGGACCACAAAAUUUCCAAAGGUAACAGACCUUAAAUUGUUUAGAGUUGUUCUGUCUGUGCUAUUAACUGUUCUUGGCCUCGCUCUUUGGGGAUCUUUUAUGCAAUUCGGACAUUUGUAUCGCCAAUAUUGCAUGGAAUAAUACAUUGAAUAUCCUUGAACGCACACCAAACGUGAUAUCAUAUGAACACUUUUUUGUUCUGUCUCACGGUUUCACAAUAGUAUCGAUUCUAUUAUGUCACCUUGUCACCUUCACCACAGAAUAGAUAUUAUGUGCCUUAACGUUGUUACGCGCCAGUAGCUGAGACAGUCUUGCGAGACAGCCCACCAAACAAGUCUUUCUUUGAAAGUAAGAAAGAAACACAGGAAAGAAGCAAAAUGAGCAGCAUCCACAGGCCACUGUCUUCUGCAUCCAAAAUUGGAAUUAUUGGGUUGGGAAAUGUUGGCAGGGCCAUUGCCAACAAUAUCAUCAAUUCGGAAUUGAAUCUGCAUGCUGUUUUUGACAUAAGGCCUGAAUCGAUGGAGGGUUUUCCGGGCAAAAUCGCGAAAAUGGAAAGCCCACAGGACGUUGCUGCUGCAAGCGAUGUUGUCCUUACAGCACUCCCAACGCCGGUUACUGUCAAAGCAGCAAUGUUAGGCAACAAGGGUGCUUUUUCUGGCCUUCGACAAGGAAGCACGUGGAUUGAUCAUUCUACCACAGAUUACCACCAAACACUGAAUCUUGCAGCGAAAUGCAAGGAAAUUGGGGUUAACUUUCUAGAAGCUCCUGUAACAGGGGGAAUGGCACUUCUAAAACAAGGCCUGAUGACGGUUCUAGUGAGUGGGGAGAAAGAACUCUAUCAAGGGUUUUUGCCUCUGCUAAAAAUGAGUGGCGAAACAGUUUUGUAUCUUGGGGGUUUGGGAACAGCCACUGUGACAAAGAUUAUAACAAACAUGCUGGCCGCUUCGCAUCUUGUUUGCAUGGGAGAAGCUUUCAUGAUGGCCAAACGCAACAAAAUUGAUCUGAAAAUGUUCUUUGAGGCAGUGCGAUUUAGUGCAGGAAACAGCUACGUUAUUGAAACAGAGGCUCCUCUCAUGUUUAACGGCACUUUUGAUCCGGAUUUCUCUUUGGAAUUGCACUGCAAAGAUCUAGCAUUGGGUAGAAACAUAGCCCGUGAGUCAGGAGUGCCGUUGAAGUUACAUUCACUUGUGGAGGAGAUUUACAAUGAAGCUAGGCUAUUUUAUGGCGAUGAUAAAGGAUCCAGCCACCCUGCGAAGCUUUUGCAAGAUGUUCUUGGCGAGAAGCUCCAGACAACAGGUUUUGAUGACUGGACAUAUUCCAUAAAUAUCUCAGAUGGAAGUAUGGCUGUUAAACAUACAACAAAGGCUAAGUUGAAUGAAAAAGAAUAGAUAUUGCCUGUGAAAUUAUCUAGAUUAUAUAGAUGUGAUUUGCAUUCUUGUGGAAAUAGCAUAGCGUACAUUUUCGAAUCAGCACCCUCUUCGAAUCAGCACCUCCUUCGAAUCAGCGCCCCCUUCGAAUAGCGCCUCACUCGAAUUAGGACCCUCUACAAUAGUCCAAAACUUAAUGAACGCCGCCUUCAAACGGGCGCCUCAUCCCCCAAAUUCCCUCAAAUGUGGAUCUGUUAAUUACGUUUAUUAGAGGAGUUACGGUAUACUAAUCAAAUAGAAAUAUAGGUUUAAUAAGACCAGAGAUAUACGUUGUUACCAUAGAAAUGGUUGUUACGUACAGUUUCAAGUCA